CAAUCAGGCGGAAGUUUAGAGUUAGGGGGUAGCCUAGCCUCGAUCCACUAACUGGAGCUUACAGGGUCGCUGUAAAACGCCCCCUUUGGUCCAUGGUUUGGGCUGCGACUCAGUGGCCUAGACCUAUCUUCGUGGCCUUGGCAUAUUUGGUGACAGUUACGUCUGCCUUGUUCAUACCCAGAUCGAUCAACUCCUUUUCCGAUUAUCUCGACGACGUCGCGUAUCUUAGACGCAUCCUCCGAUACGCGAUAUAAUCGGUGGAUGCAGGCUUCGACACUUGAGGACAAGUAGCUUGUACUCGGCCUGACCAAUUCGACUAGACUGUCACCGCCGUCUUCGACAACUCAAUCUCUCGUUCCUCUCUAACCUUCGACCUCCUGCCCCGUGCCCCUCCAAGAACCUCGACGAUGGCGGUAAAUCGCAUUCGCGGCGCCUUUGCCGUGCCUCGAAAGGGCGAAACCUUUGAGCUGCGCGCUGGCUUGGUUUCUCAGUAUGCGUACGAGCGCAAGGAGUCGAUUCAGAAGACCAUCAUGGCCAUGACGUUGGGCAAGGAUGUGUCGGCACUCUUCCCAGAUGUGCUCAAGAACAUUGCGACCGGCGAUCUAGAUCAGAAGAAGCUUGUAUACCUCUACUUGAUGAACUACGCCAAAUCGCAUCCCGAUCUUUGCAUUCUCGCCGUUAAUACAUUUGUUCAAGACUCCGAAGACCCAAAUCCGCUGAUACGAGCACUGGCAAUCCGAACAAUGGGAUGCAUCAGAGUGGACAAGAUGGUGGAUUAUAUGGAAGAGCCCCUGAGGAAGACACUGCGGGACGAAUCACCCUACGUUCGCAAAACAGCUGCCAUUUGCGUCGCCAAACUCUUCGACCUCAAUCCUCAGAUGUGCAUCGAGAACGGCUUCCUGGAGGCCCUUCAGGAGUUGAUUGGUGAUCCCAACCCCAUGGUUGUCGCCAACUCAGUGACCGCUUUGUCUGAGAUCACCGAGACGGCGCCCGAGACGAGGGCACUGAUUGUCACGCCUGUGACGUUGAAGAAGUUGCUUAUGGCCCUUAACGAGUGUACCGAAUGGGGAAGAGUCACUAUUCUGACAACCCUGGCCAACUACUCUGCGUCAGAUCAGAAGGAGUCGGAGCACAUCUGUGAGCGUGUGGCACCUCAGUUCCAGCAUGUUAAUCCUAGUGUGGUUCUUGCUGCUGUCAAGGUUGUCUUCAUCCACAUGAAGGCUCUCAACCCUGAACUUGUGAGAUCAUACCUCAAGAAAAUGGCUCCUCCCUUGGUUACCUUGGUUGCUUCGCAGCCUGAGGUCCAAUACGUCGCUCUGCGAAACAUUGAUCUCCUGCUCCAGGCUAAACCAGACAUUCUGAGCAAGGAGAUGCGCGUCUUCUUCUGCAAAUACACUGACCCUCCCUAUGUUAAGCUUCAAAAGUUGGAAAUCAUGGUUAGGAUAGCAAACGAGCAUAACUACGAACAGCUCCUCGCUGAGUUGAAGGAGUAUGCCCUUGAAGUCGAUAUGGAUUUCGUCCGAAGAGCCGUCAAGGCAAUUGGCCAAGUAGCCAUCAAGAUUGAGAAUGCCGCCGAGAAGUGUGUUGCAGCUCUCGAGGAUCUCAUCUCUACCAAGGUCAACUAUGUUGUCCAAGAGGUGAUUGUCGUUAUCAAGGACAUUCUGCGAAAGUACCCUGGCUACGAGGGUGUUAUUCCUACACUUUGCAAGCAUAUUGAUGAAUUGGACGAGCCCACUGCCCGCGGAUCUCUCAUCUGGAUUGUUGGAGAAUAUGCUGAGAAGAUCAACAAUGCAGACGAGAUUUUGGAGAGUUUCGUUGAGUCCUUUAUGGAAGAGUUCACGCAGACGCAACUGCAAAUAUUGACAGCGGUGGUGAAGCUGUUCUUGAAGAAGCCUGGAAGCAACCAAGGCCUUGUCCAAAAGGUUCUUCAAGCAGCGACAGCGGAGAACGAUAACCCUGAUAUCCGCGACAGGGCAUAUGUCUACUGGCGUCUUCUCUCCUCUGAUCCCGAAGUUGCUAAAGUGAGAAAUUCGUCUGAAGGAUCAUCAGAAUAGUUGCUAACUACGUUUCUCAGAACAUUGUUCUAUCUCAAAAGCCCACGAUUACGACAACCAUGACAAGCCUUCCUCCGGCCCUUCUGGAGCAGCUCCUCACCGAACUUUCUACUCUAGCUUCUGUCUACCAUAAGCCUCCCGAGUCGUUCGUGGGUAAGGGUCGUUUCGGUGCCGAUGAGAUCCAGCGAGCAGCUAUCCAAGAACAACGACAAAACGCUGCCGAGAACCCUAUCGCUGCUUCAGUUGCUGCCGCUUCAUCCAACGGAUCUGGUGGUGCUCCUCAAAACAAUAUUGAGAAUUUGUUGGAUAUCGACUUCGAUGGCGCCGCGCCUGCAUCUCAAGAACAGAACAGUGCUUCAGCAACUCCCGAUAGAGUGGCCAGCCCAUCCGCUGGUGCGCCUUCAGGUGCCAUGGCUGAUAUGAUGAGCAUGUUUGAUGCGCCGGCGCAGGCUUCUGGAGCUCCUGCACCUGCUGCAGGUCCCAACAACAACAUGAAUGACUUGAUGAACGGUUUCGAAGGAUUGAACUUUGGUGGCUCGUCAGCAGGCGAGCCCCUACCAGCAGCAAUGCAGCUACAACAGGCCCAAGGAGGCGCUCCUCAACAGCCCAAGAAGGACAGUGAAGAUUUGCUGGGUCUUUUGUAGAUGCAUAAACGUAUACAUGAAUUUCAAGCCAAGAGAUGGUCAUUGGUUCACGGGAGUAUGGAGACGCGCUGGUAGGAAAAGAAGAUGGAUGCCUUCAUGGAGGUUAUGGUGUUGGCGCAUACAAACACAUCUUGUUGUUUCCGCGUUGUACGCUUGCCAAAUAAAGAUGCUCUAAUUAUAAACUCGAUUCCUUGGUUUUCUUGUUACUUCGUGAUGUACAGCGGCGUAAAGACCGCUUACGUACGGAUAUCGUUAUCUAGACCCUCCGUUACAUACUCGCCCUACCAUCCCUAUGCCUGUCGCG